AAUUAUUCCUGUGUUUGCUUUUGUUUAAUUUAUAGUAUUUAUAAUAAUCAUGGAUUUGGGAGACACUCAGCCUGGUCAAAUACAUGUGCGUGAUGAAAUUGGCGUUCAAUGUCAAAAAUUAUUUCAGGACUUUUUACAAGAGUAUAAGGAAGAAGGUGAAUUAAAAUACAGAAAAUUGACAGAGGAAUUAGUCAGUCCUGAGAGAAGUACUUUGGAAAUUUCGUUUGACGAUUUGGAAAGUUAUAAUCAAACUCUUUCGACGACUAUUAUUGAAGAAUACUAUAGAGUCUAUCCAUUUUUGUGUAAAGCAGUUGAAAAUUAUCUCAAAGAUUUAGUGAAAUUAAAAAAGGAAAAAGAAUGCUACGUGAGUCUCGUUGAUGUACCAACUCGACACAAAUUGAGAGAAUUAACAACAACGAAAAUUGGAACAUUAAUUCGAAUUUCAGGCCAAGUUGUAAGAACUCAUCCCGUUCAUCCCGAAUUAAUUAGCGGAACUUUUGUCUGUGUUGACUGUAAUGCAAUAAUUAAAAAUGUCGAACAGCAAUUUAAGUUCACGAAUCCAACGAUCUGUCAAAAUCCAGUUUGCAAUAAUCGUCGUCGUUUUAUGCUCGACACCGACGCAUCACUUUUUGUUGAUUUCCAAAAAGUUCGAAUUCAGGAAACACAAGCUGAACUUCCUCGAGGUUGUAUACCUCGAUCAAUGGAAAUUAUUCUUCGUGGAGAAACUGUCGAAACGAUUCAAGCUGGUGACAGAUAUGAUUUCACUGGAACGUUGAUAGUUGUUCCUGAUAUUGGUGCACUCGCAUUUCCAGGAGCGAAAGCUGAAAUCACUGGAAAUAACAAAAAUUUCGAUGAAGGCGACGGUGUCAGGGGACUUAAGGCACUUGGUGUUAGAGAUUUAAAUUACAGAAUGGCUUUUCUAGCUUGCAGUAUUACUGCGACUAGUCUCAGGUUUGGUGGUACCGAAAUGUCAAUGGAAGACAUAACACAGGAAACAAUAAAGAAACAAAUGACAGAAUCUGAAUGGAAUAAGGUUUAUGAAAUGAGUCACGAUAGAAAUUUGUAUCAGAAUUUGGUAUCGAGUUUAUUCCCCUCAAUUCAUGGCAAUGAUGAAGUGAAGAAGGGCGUCACUUUAAUGUUAUUUGGUGGUGUUCCAAAAACAACUGUGGAAAAAACAACUUUAAGAGGCGAUAUAAAUUGUUGUAUUGUUGGCGAUCCAAGUACAGCGAAAUCGCAACUUUUAAAACAAGUGGCCGAUAUUUCACCGAGAGCAAUUUAUACAUCGGGUAAAGCGUCAACUGCUGCCGGUUUAACUGCAGCCGUUGUAAGGGAUGAGGAAUCUUCUGAUUUUGUCAUUGAAGCCGGAGCUUUGAUGUUGGCUGACAAUGGAAUCUGUUGUAUUGACGAGUUCGACAAAAUGGAUCCCAAAGAUCAAGUCGCUAUUCACGAAGCUAUGGAACAGCAGACCAUUUCUCUCGCCAAGGCGGGAGUUAGAGCGACUUUAAAUGCUCGAACAUCGAUUCUCGCCGCUGCCAAUCCGAUUGGCGGUCGCUACGAUAGGCAGAAAUCUUUGCAACAAAAUGUUCAAUUGACGGCGCCUAUUAUGUCUCGAUUCGAUCUCUUCUUCAUUUUGGUUGACGAAUGCAAUGAAGUGGUUGACAAUGCGAUUGCCAAAAAAAUUGUCGACUUACAUAGUAAUGUUACUGCCACUAUCGAUACGCCUUAUACACAGGAAGAAAUUCUUCGUUACAUUAACUUUGCCAAGCACUUCAAACCAAUCAUCAGCAAGGAAGCAGGCGACCUUUUGGUUAAGACUUACACUGUUCUUAGACAACGAGAAGGACUCAGUAGUGGAAAAUCAACCUGGAGAGUUACUGUACGUCAAUUAGAGAGCUUGAUUCGAUUGUCCGAAGCUUUUGCUAAAUUGGAAUGCAUGGAUGACGUCACUGUGAGACACGUUGAGGAAGCCCGUCGACUUUUGAGCAAAAGUAUUGUUCGAGUUGAGCAGCCAGACAUCGAUCUUGAAAAUGAUGUAGAAGAAAUGGCAAUGGAUGUUGAGCCAGCUCAGGAACAAGAAAAUGGCGUGCAGGAAGAUAACGAACCUGAACAUGAUCCAGAACCGGCAAAGAAGGUAACGCUGUCUUACGAGGAAUAUAAGAGAAUUUCUAAUUUAUUGAUUCUUCAUAUGAAACGUGGUGAAGAAGAAGGUCACGGUAUCAAGAAGUCGGACUUGGUUCUAUGGUACAUUGAUCAAGUGCAGGAAGAACUUGAAACCGAAGAAGACAUAUUGAGCCGAAAGGCUUUGGCAGAAAAAAUCAUUGACAGAUUGACUUACACUGAUCAAAUUAUCAUUCCACUGAGAGAAGGAGAUUUGAAGAGCAGAGGAAAAGGAAAGGAAAAAGAAAAAGAUGACGGCGAAGAGAAAGAUGAAUCAGAUAAAGUACUUUUCGUGCAUCCAAAUUAUUGUGUAGAUAUGUAAAAGUUAUUAAUUAGUAUUUAAAUCGGAAUCUAAAGUGUAAUGGACAAUGAUCUGUUUUGAGUGAUUUUUUUCUUCACGAAAUUUGAGAUUAAUUUUUUAUACAAGACAAAGGAAAAUUGUUUCCUUUCUUUUAAUAUUUUAAGAAAGAGAAACCAGAUUCUUGAAUAUUUGAUAAGUAUUAUCACCUUGUUGAAUGGUGUUUUCAGUCGUAUAUUAAAGACUCACAUUUUUUAUAAA